CCUAGAGGCAAAUUCGACAUGCCUUUUGAAAAGCGUUUGGCCUUAAAGAAAAAGAAAACUGGUUAAGCUUUUGCGUCGAACUAAGCUUUGAUUUUUCUUACUUAUGAACGAUGUCUGGUGAGAGCAUGGAGCAGACCCAGACGGAGGAGGUGGUGCUCCCAGAGGACAUAUCCUUGCUACUCCAGAGAGCAUCUGAGCAGCUUGGAGCCAAGGAUGGGGAAUAUACACUCAUCAUACAGGCAGGGGAGGAUGGGGCAAACACUGUACAGGUCAUACCAACUACAUCCGCCACUGAAUCCAGUGUGUCAGAAAUUUUGGCAGAUGCUGAUAGCUAUGUGGCUCUUGAAAAAGAAAAGAACGAAUUAGCACAGAUGGCAAACGACCUUUCUUCAAAGUUAGACAUAAUGGAAAAGGAGCUUAAGCAGAUCAAACAAGGAGCGAUGGUGUUGAUUCAAGCAAUCGUUCAAGUCUCAACCACCACUCCAGGCUUGAAUAUAGCCAGCCUUCACACAUCUGAGGGUAUAGCCCGUGCACUGAGACGCUGCAAGGACUGGGUGCAUCUAGAGUGUACCAAGAACCAUGCUGAGCUGAGCAAGGCUAGAGAACGUGAGGGCAGGAUGCUAGGAGUGCUGAGUGCUGUGAAUCCUGGCGACAACUUGGAGGAGGCGCUUACUAGAAUGAGGGCUGUGUUUGAGGAGUCGGGAGAAAAAAACAUUGAUAGCAAAGCAGCUGUAUCACAAGUGUCAAAUGAUUUAGCAAAUAGUAAAGUUACAAAGAAGAAUUCCAACUUGAUCACCAUCAACCUUGGAGAACAAAGGAGAUCAUCCAGCAAAGUGGAAAAUACAGAAACAACUCCAAGCACAAUUGUAGCCGGACUGGUAGAAGGCGCAAAUGGAGCUUCUAGUAUCAAUGGAGAUCUUUUUGAUAGUGUAGUUGAUCAUAAUGGUUCAGAAAAUCCAGGUGUGGACAUGGAACCUGUGGAUAUCGAAGAGAUGAGUCAACAGAUGGGUGCAGAGAUUGAUGACAAGAGUUCAUGCGUCAGAAUUAAUGGAGAACACUUCGCACUAGAUGGCACACAGAUUAAAAUGGAACCAGAGUUUGACACUGACGGUGAUGGUGACGCAGACAUGGAGGAUGCGGAAGAACUCGAGGACUACUUUACUGAUCAAGAGGGGGCAACAAGCACUAAGAAACGAAGAAGGCGUAGGAAGCAGUCUGAAAAUGUGUGUAAGUUCUGUGGGCGCUCAUUCCGGUGCCAGUCUAUUCUCUCGAAGCACAUCCGUCUACACACUGGAGAGAAACCUUUCAAGUGCUCCACGUGUGACGCAGCUUUCAGGCUGAAGUCUUACCUGCUGGAACACGAGCGUACACACACAGGUGAAAAGCCUUUUGUGUGUGGAGAGUGUGGGGCCAGCUUCAAGCGUGGUUCAGAGUUCUCCAUCCACAAGCGCCAACAUAACAAGGCCCUGCAGUUCAAGUGUGAGCACUGCGAGAAGACAUUCACCUUGAAGAAGAGUCGAGACCUGCACAUGCUUACACACACUGGUGAGCGACCUUGGGUAUGCUCAGUGUGCGGGUUUGCCUUCUUUGAUCGGGUGCCUUUGAGGAAUCACAUGAAGAACAUCCACCAAAUGGACCUCAACACUGGCAACAAAGUGGAGAAAAGCCCGCGGCCAAGAGGGGAGUUAGAGAAGAAAGAGUGCCUCAUUUGUCACAAGCGGAUAAGAUUGUAUGGCUUCCAGCAGCAUAUGGACAUACACACGGGAAACAAGCGGUACAAGUGUGAGGUAUGCGGGCAGGCUUUUAUUCAGAGGGGCAGUUACCACAUCCAUAAGAAGAGGCACGAGCCAGUGAAGGACUUCCCUUGUCGCGAGUGUGGGAAGGAGUUUGUACGAAGGGCAGAACUGGAUUUACACAUGCGUACACACCAGGUGGAUGAGAAAGGUCAACGUGUUGGGUUCACUUGUGAAAUCUGUGGUAAGGUCUUGAUGAGGAAGGAAAGCUACGAUGACCACAUGUCUAUACACAAGGAGGUGAAAUCAAUCAAAUGUUCCUACUGUGACAAAUGUUUCUACACUAAGCGGACAUGCAAGAGCCAUGAAAGAUCAGCUCACGAAAACCAGCCUAUGAAAUUUGACUGCCAAGAAUGCGGACGAAGUUUCGAUCGACCAGCUAAACUCAAUAAGCAUAUGGAAAUACAUUCCGGGGACAAAGUGGUUAAACAGUAUGCAUGCGAAGAGUGCGGCGAGAUAUUUGAAUCCCUUACAGGCAAGAGCAUGCAUUUAAAGAAGCGUCAUAGGGAAAGGUACAACGAGAAAAACAGCAAACCAUUUGAGUGCGAAAUUUGUAGCAAAAAGUGUAAGACCCAAGUUGGAUUAGAUCAUCACGUAAAGGUACAUAAUGUCGAGGGAGACAUGGGAGAUAUUGAGGACAACAUCAGGUACAAGUGCACCCAGUGUGGGGGCCUAUUCACCACCCAGACCUGGAAUGAACACACAUGUGAACAGCUGGUAGUCACUGUUGCAAGGGUAAUGGAUUCUGGGUCCUAAUGGGCGCAGAAUGUGUUUUAUGCUUUUUAAAGAUUUGUUGUUUUGCUCACCUGGGCACAAUUUGCUGAUGAUGAGCUUAUGUGAUCACCAUCUGUCUGUCAUUCCAGGUGCGUCUUGCGUCUCAACAUUUGCUUUCUGAAUAUUUUCACAUUAAUUUCACAAAUCUUUGUGAAACUUGGUCAGUAAUUUUAUCCUUGAUAUGAUGGCUAAGUUUGAAACUGGACCAUGUGGGGUCAAAAACAAGGGUCACUAGGCUAAAUUUGAAUAAGCCUAUGAGGGCAAAUGUAUUUCCCAAAUCUACACAAAACUUUGUAAGAACAUCUUUGCCAAUGAUAUCUCAGAUAUCAUGAAAUUUGCUCAUGUGAGGUGAAAAACAAAAGGUCAUAGGCCAAACUAAAGAAAAAGCUUGUGAACGCUCUAGAGGCCACAUAUAUACUUGCUGAUAAAUGUGUAAUAUUCUUAGGAGUUCAAAAAAUGAUUGUGGUACAAAAAACAUCAAAAACAUGGCUGCCAGUUGAUGGGGCAGCUUUCCUUAAGUCUAUCAUGAAACCUUGUUAACAGCAUUGAGGCCUCAGGUAAUCGCCUUAUGACCUUUAAUUGGUCCUCUUGUUUUGGUUUUUAUGUCCCCCACCACUAUAGUGGGGGACAUAUUGUUUUUGCCCUGUCUGUUGGUUUGUUGCUUUGUUUGUGUGUUUGUUUGCUCCAACUUUAACAUUUGCAAUAACUUUUGCAAUAUUGAAGAUAGCAACUUGAUAUUUGGCAUGCAUGUGUAUCUCAUGGAGCUGCACAUUUUUAGUGGUGAAAGGUCAAGGUCAUCCUUCAAGGUCAAAGGUCAAAUAUAUAGCUUCAAAGCGGCGCAAAAGGGGACAUAGUGUUUCUGACAAACACAUAUCUUGUUUGUUGUUAAAUUGAGACAAUGUUGCCUUUAAUGCAAUUCUUCUUAAAUGAAUUUACCAGUUUGUUAUAAUCUAUUAUCAAAAUUUCUUAUAUUUCUUGUUCACUCAAUUGCCAAUGAAUAAUUACUCCUCUCUGCACUUUCCUUAAUAUUUGACAAAUCACUCAUUAGUCAUAACUGCUUAGUUAUAUCUCCAACAUGAACAUUUGAUAUAUGUGUAUUUCAAUUAAUAUUUGGGUAGGAGUAAAGAAUGCUUUAAUGUGGCAUUGGUAUAUUUUGUCACAGGAUCUUGGAUUCUUUACAAUUAUUAUAUUAAUAAUCAGUAACAAAACUUUUGCCAUUAAUCCUUGAUGCAAGAGCACAAUCGGUUGUAUACGGAUAUGUUGUUGUACGAGAUGUAAGUUACAAAGUACUCCAGUAAUAAAAUCACAUACCAUAUUUUGAUUCAGUUGCUGGAAAUGUGAACUUCUUUUCCUUUGUGGAACCUUUUAAUAUUUUUAUUGAAUAAGUAUUGCAAAUGUUAAACAAAUAUGCAUUUAUAUAUAUUUGUAUAAGUAAUUAGACAGUUAUGUAUUAUAUUGACUGGUUCCAUAUUAUUUGUCUAAUACUGAAUAUUUGUCCCAUGUCACGGUGGACCAAAACCGGUAUAAUAAAAUACUUUGUGCUUAUCA